CGCUAAAAAGUUAGACGCAGCAGUUGAGUAGCAAAUUGAAAACAAAAAAGGAGAAAAACCGGAAGAAUUGAGAAUAUUGGCGAUAAGCUAAUGCCUGAAGAGCCCAGAUAACAAAAACACCACAUAGCUUAUUGCUCACAAACAACAAAAAUAGACUGUUCGCCUGGUGCUGGCAGUCAGUUACUCAUAAGCUUCGUACGGAGUGAAUUCGAUUUUCUUAUAGCUGCGGUACACGAAAUAUUUUAUUCGUGUUUUUUCACAAUUUCUGAGAGUUUAAAAUCACAUUUAGGUGGAGUACAUAAAAUAAACAAAAUAAAACCAAUUCUUAAAGCAAAAAUAAAAGGCUGAAAUAAUUGAAAACAAGCUAAAAUUAAUUAAUUAAUUUUGAUGUUAUUUUGUGUUGACUUGUAAUUCGCACAGAAAAAUAUAUUGCAUACAUUAUCUAUAAAAAUAUAGGAUAGAUAAAUAAUAGAAGAGCUCAUAAAGUGCGGUUAAUAGUGGUGUGUAUGUGUGUGAUAUUUUUACAAAUAAUUUAAAUUACAUACAAGUACCGAGUACACCUGUUUUGUUCCCAACGUAUUGCUGCUUAUUGAAAAAAAAAAAACAAAAAAAAAAAACAGCUAAAAACGUGAGCGAACAAAGCGCUUGGAGGCGAACGUACAAACGAAAAUUGAAGGCAAGAGUGCUGCGCAGUUACCAAGGUGAAAACGUAGCAACGUCAAAAACACUGUAUAAAACCGGGACAAUCGCACUGUCAAUCAUCGAUGUCGACGCUACAAACGGCCUCGACCGAGGAAAUUCGCGUGCUAGCUGCUCGAUUGUGCCGCGAAUACUUGACUGGCCGCUGGAAAACGAUCAACCAGGCUGAUAUAAUUGUCAAAAAGAUCAAUGGCGGAUUGUCGAACCUCCUGUAUUAUGUAAGUCUACCGGCGAAUGACAAUAACUCCCAGUUUAUCCAAGAUCAUUCCACAGCACCUCAAGGAAGUGAGGAUUAUGUCAAAUUGAAUUCUGAUAGUUCUGAUUGCGACAGUAUAAAUAAUAAUAGUAGUGAUGAGCCAUUAUCCUUAGCGGCAAGACAAUCUACCAGUGAGCCAAAUGAGGUCUUACUCCGCAUCUACGGAGAAGUCCAUGGCGAGGAAGACGACGCCUUAGCUGGCAUUAUCACAGAAUCUGUUGUUUUCGCAUUAUUGAGCGAAAGAAAUUUCGGGCCAAAACUAUAUGGAAUUUUUCCUGGUGGACGCCUCGAACAAUACCUCAAUGCACGCGCUCUACUAACCCAGGAAUUGGCAGUACCGAAAAUCUCACAGAAAAUUGCCGAGAAACUGGCAGAAAUACACACUUUGGAUAUCCCCAUGUCAAAAGAGCCAGAAUGGCUGUGGAACUGCAUUGAGCGAUGGCUUAAAACAGUGAACAAAAUUUUGGCGCGAAGCGAUUGGGGUGAUAAAGCAGCGCUGGUGAAUGAAGUGAAAAGUUUUGAUUUCCGCAAGGAAAAGGCCUGGCUGCAAUCGGUCAUCAAUCAAGGCAACUACAAAGUUAUGUUCUGUCACAAUGACAUGCAAGAGGGCAAUAUACUGCAUGCUAACUCGAGCAGUGAUAAGUCAAAUGGAGCGAGCAAUUACUCGAACGGUGAUACGAAACCUCUAAACAGUUUAUUAACCUGCGACGAUGCUGAUCCAGAUUUACAAAUCAUAGACUUUGAAUAUUGCGCGUACAAUUAUCGUGGUUUCGAUCUCGCCAAUCAUUUCAUAGAAUGGACAUUCGAUUAUAGUAACCCGGUGGCGCCCUACUUCUACCAAUACAAGCAACAAUACCCAACAAAGGAGCAACGUCAGAGAUUCUAUGUGGCCUACUUGCGAAAGAUCAAUGAAAAUGUGUUGGGUUACACACCCACACAGGCGGAAUUGGAGAGUGUGGAUGAUGAAGUGCGAGUGUUCUCAAUGUUCUCACACCUGUUCUGGAGUGUGUGGAGUGUUGUGAUGACACUCGCCACCAUUGAGUUCGGUUACUGGGAAUAUGGUGUGGCUCGUAUACGUGAAUAUCAAUUACUCAAAAGCAAAUUUGAGCGUGAACAUGCUCAGGAUUCGUGAUAGUCCGACUUGUGGUGAUAUUUGGAGUAAAGGCCCAGUUAGUUUAGACACUGAAUGUACGCAACUUAAGUUAACUUAAUUUUUUUAUAAAUCUGUAUUAUAAGAAACUUGAGGAACUGUACAAGUAGAUUAAAAAAGCUAUGCGAAUAGAUUAUGAACAAAAAAAAAACAAACAAAAAAUAAGUAGGUGGAUCCAAAGAAAUAUGCCUGCGGUAAUACUGAUUGGGAAUGUCUGUACAUAGCACAGAAGCCGGAUGUAAAUAGACUUUUAUACCAUGAUAUGUCAUGUCAUGUUGUGUUAUGU